AUGCCUGUGGUUAAGGCUUACACACAGGAAGAACACAAGCCCUCAUUUACCGACCGGCUCGCAAUCUGUACAGGAGCAGUGGGAGGUUACCAAGGUGAUUGUAACUUUGAGAAGCCGCUAGCAGCAUGUGGGUACAGCCAAGGCAGAGACGAUGACCUCGACUGGGAGCAGGCCAAUACCAGAGAGAAGCCUUCAUCAGAUCCAUGGCUGCCCUCAGGUUCGGCCUUCAUGAUGAUGAAUACGUCGGGACGCUUUGCAGGGCAGAAGGCUCUGCUGCUGACACCCCAGCUGAGGGAGAAUGACACCCACUGCGUUACCUUUCACUACUACAUAGGAGGCAGAGACAACAGCCACCCAGGACACCUGAACGUCUACAUCAAGGAGAACAACAGUCCCAUGGGGAUGCCGGUGUGGAACGUGUCCGGCUCGGCCACCCGCUCCUGGGGACAGGUGGAGCUGGCCGUCAGCACCUACUGGCCCAACUUCUACCAGAUUGUGUUUGAAGCCGUAACCUCAGGGCAGCGUGGCUUGCUGGCCAUCAAAGACGUCGUGGUCCAGGGCCACCAGUGCAUGAACACACCUCACUUCCUGACCAUAAAGGGAGUGGAGGUCAACGCUGGACAGACGGCAUCUUUUCACUGCACUGUCAAUGGACGCAAAAGGGACAAUUUCCGCCUCUGGCUUCAGGGCAUCGGUGGACGGGAGGCUCCGAUGAAAGCCACAAAACCUUGGAACAACCGGCGCUUCAUUGGCACUUUUGAUGUAGAGAACACAACCAAGGGUGACUCGGGCCGCUACCGCUGCAUCGUCCACUCAGACAAAGGGGUUGGAGUGUCCAAUUAUGGCGAACUAACCAUAAAACAGCCCCCAGUGCCCAUCGCACCCCCCCAGCUGACUGCCGUCGGAGCCACCUACCUUUGGAUCCAGCUCAACGCCAACUCCAUCAACGGGGACGGUCCCAUCACCGACAGGGAGGUGGAGUACCGCACUGUUUCCGGCACCAUGUACGACCUGCAGCCCGUAGACAAGACCACACACAAGAUCGGCCACCUGGACCCUGACACAGAGUACGAGAUCAGUGUUCUGCUGACCAGACCUCUGGAGGGAGGCACCGGAGCGCCCGGACCCCCUCUGAGGGCCAGGACCAGAUGUGCAGCUUUGAGCGAGAAUUAA